AUGAAACUAUAUAAAUAAGCCCGAAAACUUUUAAUUGAUUAAUACGAAUAUAAGCCAUAACCAUUUUUAAUGACUAUGGCAAAGCCUUUAAUAUAACAUCCUGAAUUAUAUGAAGAGGCAAAAAUAUUUGUAGCCGAAUAAUUAAAUAGUUAUUAACUUCUUCCGAUACCUAUUAAUGUUCCAUUUGAAGAAAGAAUGUCAUUCAUGAAUAUAAUGUUUGAUAGUUAUGUAAAAUACUCUUCAGUAUUAAUAUGUCAAUAAACACAUAGAAUAGGAGGCGUUUUUUUGGCUUAAGAUUUCAAAAAUAAGCUAAAAAUGCCUUAACAUGCACCUGAUUGGGCGCAUAGAAUGCAAAAUUUAUAUGAUUAUGCUGAAGAGGAAUAUUAUAAAAAAGAAGAUAUUGACACUAAGAAAAUAACAGAUAAUAUAUUUAUUAGAUAAGAAAUUAUGGCGAUAACAAAAGAAAUGCAAGAGUCUAAUUAUGAUAAAUUACUAAUUUACCACAAUACAAAAUUACAAAUAUAAUGGGAUUACAAAAUGUCUUUUUAUUUAACUAAUUCUUAUUUAAAAAGCGGGUUAUUAAAGUUUUUGGGAUAUUAAAAAGUUUUGGAUAUUGAUUUGGAUAAUUAUACUGAUAAAGAUACUAAUUAAAAAUAUUUUAAAGAGAAUGAAGAUUUGAUUGUUAGAUAAUGUCAACUUUGUGUUGCAGAUUACCAUAAACUUAAUUGGAAGGAACUUACAUAACUUAAUUUGAGAUUUGAUGUAUUGGUUGAUGAUAUAAAUGUUUAGGAUUUAAAAAUUGAAAAUAUUAAACAGAGUGUUAAAAAUUUAAAACCUGAAGAUUUUUAAGAUUUUAAUGUAGAAAAUAUUAAAAAAAAAAAAUCUUGA